AUGUCACCCAACGCAAAUAACACGAACAACCCUGCCCUCCAGGGUCCAGCCUUCUCUCACCUUCCACCAUGGGUUCGAGCAAAACUCUCUUCAUUGGCAAUUGAAAAGAUACAAGCCGUUUAUGAUUGGGUUGAGAACGAGUGCAUUCCGAGAGAAGAAAUUUUCAAGGCCCAGCUCGAAGGCCGCCGUUGGACAACACCGCCAUUAAUGCACGAGCUACGAAGAAAGGCGAAGGAUCGCGGUCUCUUCAAUUUAUUCUUGCCCAAACAUUUCAAAGGGAGCCCUGGACUGACGAACCUGGAGUAUUCGUGCUGUGCGGAAAUCAUGGGCCGCUGUUACUGGGCAGCUCAGACCAUGAAUUGCCAUGCUCCUGAGACGGGCAACAUAGAGCUCUUGGCGAAAUACUGCAAUGAAGCUCAGAAGACAAAGUGGCUGCAGCCACUCCUCGACGGCACUGCCGCCUCUGCUUACUCCAUGACGGAACCCGAUGUUGCAAGCUCAGAUGCCACGCAAAUUGGGAUUCGCAUCAAUCGUGAUGGUGACUCGUACGUUAUCAAUGGCAGGAAGUUAUAUGGGAACUGCCUGUGGAACAAGGAGCUAUCCUUCUACAUACUCAUGGGCUGUACCGACCCCGAGAACCCCAACAAGUGGUCCCGCCAUACAAUGAUCAUCGUCCCCUGCGAUACGCCCGGUAUCUCACAAGUCCGCAACCUUUCCAUAAUGGGAUAUGAUUACGCUCCAGAAGGGCAUGGGGAGUACUUAUACGAAAAUGUCCGCGUACCAGCAGAAAACAUCAUCUUGGGUGAAGGUCGCGCUUUCGAAAUCGCUCAAGGUCGUCUAGGGCCGGGACGUAUCCAUCACUGCAUGCGUCUCAUCGGGCAGUGCGAGCGUGCCUAUGAGCUGGCUCUUGUUCGCUGCACUGACCAUCGAAAGAAGCCGCGCGGUAAGCUCAUUGGUGAGUUUGACUCCAAUAUUGAACGCAUCGCGCAAAUGCGCCUCGAGUUAGACGCCGCUCGGCUGAUCGUCCUGAAUGCCGCCGAUACUAUGGAUCUCCUUGGUAAUAAGGCAGGCAAGCGCGCAAUCGCACAGAGCAAGAUUAUAGUGCCAGUGCUUGCCACCAAGAUCAUUGAUGAGUGCAUGCAAAUGUUUGGCGGUCAAGGCCUCACACAACAUACGCCGCUUCCUGAAAUGUGGACAUAUGCCCGAUUUGUGAGGGUGGCAGAUGGACCAGAUGCCGCACAUAGGCAUCAGGUUGGAAGAGAGGAGUUGAAGAAAGCGGAAGAGGUCACCAGAAGACAUCAAAUGUACCAGAAGAGAUACAAAGAGUUUUCAGAGCUCCACGGGGAGAAAUUUGUAACCUAUGACUAG